UCUUUACGUUGCACUUCUUAGCCUUUGUUAUUUUUCCAACACACCUUUCCUCGACCUUGAGCUUUCUUGAUGUUUUUUCGAUCGAGGUCAUGGAAAGGUGGAUAAGAAAAGGAGAUAAGAGUUAACGUUUUGGACUGCUUGUCGUCGGUACUACCGGAAGUUGAAACACGAAACUCCUCGACAGUGAAGCGGAAGAAUGACAGUCGGUGUGAAACAUAUGUUUCUGUCUGUCAAGUCCUUAAUGAUACUGGACAAGUUUGAAAAUUUGAAAACCUAAAAGGAAACGACAUACUGCAUGCAUUAAGCUACUUUCCUGGACAACGUGUCGUCGGGAGACGAAUGAUAAGACGGUGAAAACUUCCCAAGACAAAGAAGCAGCAGAAAAGGAUGAAUCUCCUCCCCCGCAGACAGAUGAGUCAUCUACUCAAAACAUGGAUGUGGCAGAUGGGAAUGGAGGCUACACCCUGGCCAGUCUCUGGUUUUUACUGCAGGAAGUUUACGACCUCAAACUCUUCAGAACCAGACCCGAUAGAGAUCCACAAGAGAAAACUCUUCCUAUGGUUUAGCCACCUUCCUCAGGAGGAAAAACAGUUUGGAGGUUUCUUCAGCCCUGAGACCAUGCAUGUCGACCCACUGAUCCUAGAAAGAGAUGCUGAGGAGAGGGCAGGACUGCUCUGCUCUCCAUUCCAAACCCAAACACACUGUAAUCGCUCCGUAACUGUGGAACAGCUGUUUCAGCACACUGAUACCUGGAGUGAGGGCCGGGGGCUCAAUGUCCUCAUCUAUGGUGCUGUGGGAACAGGGAAAAGUACAGUGGUCCGAAAGCUGGUGCUAGAUUGGUGUGCUGGCACCACUCUGAGCCACUUUCAGCUGCUGAUUCCUUUCUCUUGUGAGGACCUCAGUCAGCUCUCAAAGGUUACAUCUCUAAGAGACCUUGUAAGCAGGAAGUACCUACACCUGAAAAAACACCCCCUUCUAAGUGGGGAGGGAAACCAGGCCAAGAAUGUGCUCUUCCUUUUCAACGGAAUGGAAAAGAUGCAACUGGAUUUCCGAAUUGGAGCCUCAGAGCUUUGCAGUGAUCCUAAUGAGGGACUGCCUCCGAGUGUAGUUGUGGUAAACCUGCUAAGAAAGUAUCUGUUGCCUGAGACCAGCAUCUUGAUUACGACAAGACUGUCUGCUUUGGACUGUAUCCCUCAGAAGUAUGUUACUCGUUACGCACAGAUAUGUGGUUUUAAUGACCCAUCACGCCAGCGGGCGUACUUCACCAGUCGCCUUCUAAAGCAGAGUGACACUGCAUAUAACCAAGAGGCCCAGGAUCUUGUAGAACUGCUUUACCUUAACCUCCAGAGAGAAAGCCAACUUGCUGCUGCAUGUUUCCUUCCAUCGUACUGCUGGCUCACUUGUGCAACUUUACACUUUCUGCAUUUUACCAAUACCAAAGCCCCCAUCCGCACGCUAACUGGCAUUUACACAAGUUUCCUCAGGCUCAAUUUUGGGGGUGAAGUGCUGGGUACAGGAGCAGGGACGAACAUGCCCAUUCAGGAACACCAAAGUUCUCUGAUGUUAUAUGUUGUCCGUACAGUAGGUAAGCUUGCAUUUGAAGGUGUGACAUACAAACGCACAUCCUUCUCAGAAGCAGAACUAGAGCAGUGGAUAGGAGGGAAGACAAAGACAGAUGAGGAGCUUCGUCAGCUGGCCAUGUUCCGCACUGAUGUGCUAGACUUCUUUUUGGCUCCUUCCAUAGAAAGUGGUAAAUGUAUAUCACAAGACCUAAGGGAAAACAAUGAGAGGCAGUAUGUGUUUGCUGUCCCAGCCAUGCAAGAAUACCUGGCAGCACUCUAUGUAGUUCUAGGAGAGAACAAAUCCGCUCUUGAAAAGCUCACCAACAAAGUGUCUGUGGCCAUUGGUCAGGCAAGUGAGGAUGUCAAUGCCCUUGUUAACAUCUUUUCUAAGUUCAUUCCCCUCCGAAUUUUUGCAGUAUUUAAUCUUCUUAAGCUUUUUCCAAAGCUCUAUGAGAAAAUCAGCAGUCUCAACAAAGGCAGUAUAGCCAGAACCAUGGCAGCUGAGCUGUUCCGCACUGAGGAUAGCUACAACGAGGAUGUUCUUGACCAGGUAGAGCAAAGCCUUUUAGGAGUCCAUGGCCCACAGCAACAGCAGUACAGUGAGCGUCAACCUUUUGAGCUGUACCCUAUCUUCAUGGGUGGGCUAUUGCACUAUGGUAACCGUGUGCUUCUCCAACAACUUGGCUGCAGCAUUCAAAGCACCACUGUGGCCCAGAUCACCCGUGCCAUUAGGAAAUACCUUGUUAGAGAGCUUAACAAGCCACAACCACCAGAAGAGCUGAUGGAUCUGUUGGUCCUUCUAUAUGAGUUCCAGAACCCCAGACUGACUGCAGAGGUUCUAACUUCAAUCAGAGCUAUCCGCCUUACCAACAUUCGAAUGACUUCACUUAAAUGUUUCAUACUGAGUUCUGUGCUUUCCUGCACCCCUGCAAGUUACUACCUUGAAGAACUGGACCUAUCCUCCUGUCUCCUGACUAAUGACAUGCUUCAGAUGCUGUGGCCUGCCUUCAGACAAACAUACAGCCUCAAUCUGCAGUUUAACAUCCUUGGUCCUGAGUCCUGCAGUCUGCUGAGAGACCUACUGCUAGACCCCAGGAGUGUUAUUAGAUCUCUGAAAUUGUGUGACAACCCUCUUCUGGAGUCUGGAGUCCAAAUCCUGGUGGAAGCCCUGCCAGAGAAUCAGUCCCUGACAAACUUGUCCCUGAUGCACACUGGGCUGGGGGAUGAGGGUGUCCUGGAUAUGGCUAAGAGGCUCCAACAACACAAAAGACUCCAGGAGCUCAACGUGGCCUAUAACAAUAUUGGAGACGACGCAGCUCUAUUUCUGGUAGAUGCCUGUAGAGAACAUCCCAGCAUUCAGACUGUACAUUUAUAUUUGAACCCUCUCAGUAAAGUGGCGAAGCAGUCCCUGUAUGCCCAAGGUGUUCCCCGUAGCCACAGUGGCCAACGGGUCAAGGUCCUGGCUUCUGUCACUGAAGGGACAGACCUCUCUGAGAACUGGCAUCCCAUUCUCAGUGUUAUACGAGAGAACGCCUCAUCCUGGGAUCAGCAGCAUGUCAUACAGCAACUAAAGGUCUUUCUCGAGGAUCUGGAGUGGGGGCAUCAACAGCAGCAGAGCCUCUGGAAGAGGCUACAUUUCCGCAGAGUCGAGAAGGGAGUCCGGAAAAUUCUAAAGAUGCUUGAGAACAAUUUACCUCCCUCCAAGAAGUAACCCAGGAGGUGAUCGGGAAAUGACUGUUCAAGUUUGAAUAGGAUGUAUCCAGAUAGGAGAAUCUUCAAGCAGCAACGACUAAUAGUCUAAGACAGGGGUUUUAAACUUAGACCAGCGGACUAUAUCAGUCCCACAAUGCAAUUCUUUCUGGCCAGCAAGAUAAUUCAAUAUGGCAGUUAUUGAUGUGGUCUGUAUGUGGGAGCUGAAUCUUCAGCCCUGCUGAGAAUUCAUGCAGACAGGGGUUGGAGUUUAUUUUGAUGGUUACACCAUGCAGACAAUCAUGUGUUACAUUCCCCUGAAAGGUCCAGGGGUUGAGGGAAAGUAACAAAAGUUGUCCAGAUUGAAAAAGGAAGAUGGGGAGGCCAUUCAUACUAUGCAAAGUAAUUAAGCAAUAAACAAUCAAAUGACAGAAUAGUUUCUGUUUUUCACUUUCUACUAUAGAAAUUUCUGGGUUUUUUAUGACUACAGUUUAAUU